AAAAGGAUGCGCCUGAUAGGUUUUUAACAAGUGGGAAAAUGUUAUUUGCCACAAUAUUAUUGGAGACACUGCACUCCCCACUACAUGCAGAUAUGGUAUUCACGUUGGCCGCGCAAUCUCAAGGAGUUACGCCUUCCAUACUUUGUCUACAGGGGUUUGCUUCCAUCGUUUAGUGGAAAACCCACCCUAGAGAAAGAAAAAGAUAGAGAGAAGUGUUCCAACUACAAAUAGUAGUUUUGUAAUUUAAUGUACUACAUCAGUCCACAUCAGUUUAUGAGUUUAAUUUUAUGGGAUGAUCAAAACAUUUCUCAAAGAAAAAUAAAAUUGACCCAUUCCCCGUGAUUUGAUGUACUUCUAUUGAUACCAACGAAUCUCCAACUUUUCUAGUAAAUAAUUUACUACGUUCUAACUACUUUGGUACAUUUUCUGUUAAAAUCAGUAAUGAAAAUCAAUGGCAUGAACAUAAUUGGAUACCACGGAGGAUGCGAUUAGAGAGAGAGAGAAUGGACUGACAAAGGACUAGGUGACUUUGAAAACUUUAAAUUAAUGCACAUAAUGGGUGUCGUUUUAUUCUGUUUUGUUUGUGGAAACCCAUGCAGCAUGCACCAAAAGUUUGAUUAGAUUAACACAAUAAAUAUUUGUCGGCUUCAAGAAUUGUAUGAUGCAAGAUAUCUGCAAUCACUUCAUGUAUUAAAGGUCUGUGGAGGGGAUUGCAGAAGAGGCAAAGCUCCAAUCUCUGAAAAAGAAAAGCUUCCAUGGGUACAUUUUUAGGGCACUUAGUACCUGGUUUGGCACUCACUCUCCUCGGUCUAUGGCACACCAUCAACACCAUCAGAGCCUACUUUCUCAAAGGCCCUUCUAAUUUCAGAGUGAGGUUUUGGUACCCAUUUGAUGGCCCCUUUUCCAAACUCAAACACUUGGAGCUCAUUUUCAUCUUAUCUUUCUCAGUUUUUGCAAUUUUUAUGCAAGUUCUAGACUACCCCUUCCUUCGUUUCGGUUUCAGGCUUGACAACUUUGAGCAUGCAACCAUGUUCCUGCACCUUGUUAUUUUUGCAGGUUUUACUCUUUCUGCGGACUUUACUCAUUCAACUGAGAUCCUCUCUGGGGUUGUUGGAAUCCUUGCUUCCUCUGUAUUUGGUCAAGAGCUUUUUCUACUUCAUUUCCACUCGGCUGAUCAUGUUGGACUGGAAGGCCACUACCAUUGGCUAUUGCAGCUCAUAGUGUUGGUUUCUUUCAUCGCAGCUCUGGCAGUGACUUGUUUACCGACCAAUUUUCCCGCUGCUCUUGUACUUUCGAUUGCAGUUGUAUUACAAGGCUGCUGGUUUAUAAUUAUGGGGUUUAUGCUAUGGACUCCUCAAUUUAUCCCAAAAGGUUGCGCUAUGGUUUUGGCUGAAGCUGGCAGUGAGGACAUGCUUGGAGCGGUCAUAUGUGAGUCUAAUGAGGCUGAUUUGAGAGCUAAGGCACUGGCUAAUUUGCAAUUCAGUUGGAUACUUUCUGGAAUUUUGGUAUUCACGGGAUGUAUGUGCUUGAAAUUAGCCGGAAAAUGCACCCCAAGGGGGCAGUCAACUGAAUAUGAGCAACUUCACAGUAGAGUUGCGGAUCUCCCUAUAGCCACUAAUGUCUUCAAGGAAGCUCACCCAUAAGAAUUCUAAUAUGCUAAACCUGGCAAAGCAUUUCCUUCCCAGGGCACAAAGAGCACCUAAAACCCGCUAUGCACCAAUCAACGUAUUGUAAAUUAAGAGUAAAUUAAACUUUAGCCACUUCUCUAUCGGGUAGAGCUCAGUUUGCCAAACGUGUUUCUUCAAGUGACUGUUUGCCCACUGAGAUUCAUUCUAUCUCCGUCCAUUACACUUGGUCAUAAAAUAUUUGAUGCAAUCAAGUGUCCAACAUCCAGUUCCCGAAGGAGGAGAGUAUAAAGUGUGUGCGUCUGGAAAGAAGACGCGGCUCUUCCCCUCCAACUUUAACUCGUACCUCGCUCAUAGAAUAAAAGAGACCUCAGACAGACAACUUGUAAUGCUAUAAACCACAAGUUGGCAAAUUGAACUUGUCUGAUAUCCACAGAUGGACAAAGUAUAGUUUUUUCUUUUAAAGUUCGCAAAUUUCCAAGGAUUACAAGUGCCCCAUGAAUAAGUCUACCGGCAGAAGGUUAUUGUAAUGUGUGAAAGUUACUUAUUAUGAAGUGGUUUUGUGCAAAAAUUUAAAUGGUAAAACUUCUUUUACAA